CAGCGCGCGCAGAGCGGAGCGUCAUUGGUGCUGCACGCGGAGGCGCAGAAAGUUCUGCUGUGAGUUGAAACCGGAUCUUUAACGGAGGAUGAUUGACUGAUUAUUGAUUGAAUAUUGAUCUAACGGAGGAGGAUUAUUGGAUUAUUGAUACUCUGAUUGACUGAUUGAUAUCGAUCGGCGCGGUGCGGUUCGGUGCCGCUCCGGCGGAGGAUGGAGCAGACAGCCGCGGUCGGACUGAGCGGCGACGCGUCGCUGCAGGACUCUUCUCCUCUGGGAGUCUGACCCUCUUCGGUAUGUUGCCUCCCUCGAGCUUCUGCUCAUUUUGACUUCUUCUAUCGCCCCUCGCGCCCCUCGCGCCCCGUGCGCCCCGUGCGCACCACCUUGCGCCGUCAUGUUCUCCGAGCUGAGCGACGCGAACCGGACGUCCAACCUGAGCGCGCCGCUGUCUCUGGAGCAGGACUGGAGCGACGCGCCGCACGAGCGGCUGUCACGCGGCGGACACCGCGUGGUGUCGGUGUUUCUGGGCUCCAUUAUGGUGUUCGGGUUCCUCAACAACCUGCUGGUUCUGGUCCUGUUCUGCCGCUUCAAGACCCUGCGGACCCCCGUCAACUUGCUUCUGCUCAACAUCAGCGUCAGCGACAUGCUCGUUUGCGCAUGCGGCACCACGCUCAGCUUCGCGUCCAGCCUGCGCAUGCGCUGGUUGUACGGCCGCCGCGGCUGUCUGUGGUACGGUUUCAUCAACUCCUGCCUGGGGAUCGUGUCUCUGAUCUCUCUGGCGGUCCUGUCCUACGACCGGUACAGCACCCUGAUGGUGUACAACAAGCGGGCCCCGGACUACAGGAAGCCCCUGCUGGCGGUGGGCGGGUCUUGGCUGUACUCUGUGGCGUGGACCGUGCCCCCCCUGCUAGGCUGGAGCAGUUAUGGUCUGGAGGGGGCCGGGACCAGCUGCUCCGUUGCUUGGACCCAGAAGUCUUCGAGCUCUCAGUCGUACAUCAUCUGCCUGUUCGUGUUCUGUCUCGGCCUCCCCGUCCUCGUCAUGGUCUACUGCUACAGCCGCCUGCUGCACGCUGUCAAACAGGUGGGGCGUAUCCGGCUGAUGGCAGCCCGUCGCAGAGAGUUUCACAUCCUGUUCAUGGUCGUCACCACGGUGGUGUGCUACCUGCUCUGCUGGAUGCCGUACGGCGUCGUCGCCAUGAUGGCCACCUUCGGCCAGCCGGGAGUCAUCAGCCCCGUCGCCAGCGUCGUCCCGUCACUCCUCGCCAAGAGCAGCACCGUCAUUAACCCCAUCAUCUACAUCCUCAUGAACAAACAGUUCUACCGCUGCUUCCUGAUCCUGUUCCGCUGUAAAGACCAGCCGACUGAGACCGGACCCUGCUCCAUACCAUCAAAGACCACCAUGGUCCAGCUCAACCGUAGACCUGGACCCACCGGCUCCAGGACUCUCUCCGGACCAGCAGCGCCCGACAUGGAGCGAACCAGCGCCGCCGUGUCCGACAGGACCGACGAGCCUCUGGAGACGUCCUCCUGAGACCUUGUCUUAUUGAUUACCUCCUGCUGGGACUCACGGCCCCGCCCCCAACAGUGUCAUGUGCCACCUUGGCUCCGCCUCCUGGAAGCGGGUCAGUGUGUGUUAUGUCAUCCCAGGUGUGACCUAGUGUGUCUGUGAUGGUUUGAGCUGACUGCAGGUAUGGAGGUCAAAGUGUGUGAAAACAUUUACACACAAAGAAAAACAAUCUGUGUUCAUUUGUGUGUAAAUGUUAUUGUUUGUAUUUUAUAUUACAUUACGUUAUUUACACAAGAGAAUUAUAAACAUAAACAUUUAUUACAUUACAUUCUGUGAAGUCAAAGCUAACAUUAGCUAACAUUAACUGACAUUAGCUUACAUUAGCUAACGUGUGUAUUGUGGACCCAUUAGCAGACUGAAUGCAGCAUCUGAUGCUAACAGCGGCGGUUUUAUUGCUAACUAGCUAACGGCGGUUACAUUAGCGGCUAGCAGAGUUGAGGAAGAGUCUGUGAUCUUAAAAGGGUUCCAUUGAUGAAGAUUAGUUGAUCAGAACCAAACAAUCUGUGGAACCACUUCAUUAUAAUGCUGACACUAGCUGUCACAUUAGGACUAAUCAAUAAUCAUUAUUUCUGACUUCAGUCCUACAUUGUACAUGACUAUUAAUGAUCAAUAAUGUAUUUAACGAUAAUGUUCAACUCUUUAAAAUAAUUCAUGUUUGAUUGAUCGCACAUUGUGUUACAGUCUGAUCAAUAAUCGAUCUAAUUAGUUUUCUAUGGUCUCUGUGGAUGGAAACAAAUAAAGUUCAGUGAACUCGU